UUGAUUUUGAUAUGAGUAAUAAUACCAUUUCUAAUAAUUGAUUUCCCCAAUUCCGGAGAUUAAUCAAACAUUGUCUCAUCGACCUUUUAACCCUAGCGUUCCUCUCUCAUAGAUCUGCUAUUCAGGGAAAUAGUUAAUGGAUCAUGAUGAGACAGGAUGCCAAGCGCCAGACUUCCCAAUCCUCUGCGUUAACAAUUGUGGGUUCUUCGGACGUGCAGCAACAAGGAAUAUGUGUUCCAAAUGCUACCGAGAGACAGUCCUCAAGGAUGAACAAGAAAGGCUUGCGGUCUCUUCCUUUGAUAACAUUGUGAACCGGACCUCCACCAAGGGCAAAGAAGAAGUUGCCGCGGCUGCUGCUGUUUCUGUUGAUGUAAAGUCGGGAGAAGUAUCAACAGAAGAUGUAAAUGUUCAAGUAUCUAGUGAAUCAAGCCUCAGACAGCCUUCCGAGCAGAAGAAAGCUGGUCCAAGUAGAUGUUUGACAUGCCGUAAGCGUGUUGGUUUGACUGGUUUUAGCUGCAGGUGUGGAAAUCUGUUCUGCGCCGCUCACCGAUACUCUGACAAGCAUGAUUGCCAAUUUGAUUACCAGGCUGCUGCUCAAAGUUCGAUAGCCAAAGCCAAUCCUGUCGUCAAGGCUGAGAAACUUGAUAAGAUCUGAAACGAUUACUACAAGUUACGAGUUUUUCAGUGAUUUUCUUGCUUAUAACAUUGCUGCUUCCCCUUGUUAGUAACCCUUAUGUCUAUAAAUGUACAAGGUCCCAUGGCAAGGGGCAGUCACAGUCUAGUGCACUAGCCCUGUCGAACAACAGGGGGGGCCACCUUUGCACCGGUUUGUAAGUACUUAUUUGCUCGUUUGUGGCACUUUGAUCAUCGAUUUGCAAGCUUAUCUUCUUUAUGUUCCCGAUUGCUAUU